AUGACCGCCGCUUCCUCCUCCAAGAGCUCGCUGAAAGUGUCGACGCUGGCUCCCGUCGGCGCGAUCGGCGUCAUGCUGACACCGUGGGGUCUCUCCUUCCUCAGAGCACUUCUCCUCGAGCCCAUCCGUAUCAACCCGCCCACAUGGCUUCGACUGCUGCUCAGCCUGCUCGUCAUCACCAACAUCCGGUCCACACCCUUCGCAUGGCACUUCCGCGUCCUCUUCCCCGCGUUCAAGGCCGUCUUCAUCGCACGCAACUCGCUCCUUCGCAAAGCUCCCUCGACAUCACCGUCGCUCACGCACCCAUCGAUCCACCCGCAACUCAAGCUGUCCAAGCUUCCCAUCGGCCGUGACAUCUUCGGCGACUACUCGGACCACCACAUGAUCGCCACGCUCGACGAGUGCGACUGGAAUGGUCACCUUUCCAACUCGUCCUACUCGAAGGCGCUCGACUACACGCGCAUGGCGCACAACUCGCCGCGUGUGCUCAAAGUGUACUACGACGGUGGCUGGGUCGCUCUCGGCGGCUCAGGGUUCAACUUCCACCGCGAAGUGCCCAUGCUGGCACGCUACACGAUUCGAAUGAGCCUCGAGGCGUGGGACGACAAGUGGCUGUAUGUCGUCGGGCGCUUUGUCAAGCCCUCUUCCUCCUCCAAGCCGAUUGACGCGACGACGGGGUUGAGGGAGGGAGAGAUGCUGUACUGCACUAGCGUCUCGCGCUACGUGUGCAAGUCGAAUCGACGCACCAUCCCGCCUUGGCUCUGGAUCGCCACCUCGGGCUACGGUGCCAAGUCCAACUGGGACAAGGCCGAGAAGCUGCGCGUGCACUACCUCGAAAAGGCGCGCAACGAGUAUCGCGCCAAGACGGGCAAGAAGACCAUUUCCAAGAAGGCCGACGCAAAGCUGAGGAAGAGCGCCGCGCUGCUCAAGCAGUUCAGGACCGAGGGCGAGAAGACCGGUGCCGAAGAGGAGGCGUGGAUGGACAAGUCGUUCUGGGACACGCACGAGUGGGAGCAGAAGAGGAAGGUUGGGUUGGCCAAGCUCGGCGCCACCGUCGGAAUUCUGCCUCCGCUUGAGAAGUAG